AUUAUGACUUUGGUAGAUGAGCAAUAAUCAUCUUACCUUCUUUCUUUAUGUGUAAAACGAAAAUGGCAGUUGAUGCUGCACAACCCAUUUCAACCCCAGCAAGAAGAUCCCGUUAUUCAACAACUCCUAAAAUCUCUUCUACACAACAAGCACAAUCUUCUACACAGCCAACAAGAUCACCAGUAUCUAAAUCGGGUCCAACAAACAGCAGCAAUCGGGUCAGUUACACCUCCAACUCCGGCUCCGGGUCAGGGUCCGAAUAUCACCUUGACACCUCCGUUGCAACAACCUCCGUCUCCAGCCAGGCAUCGCUCACUAGUUUCCGAGCAUCGUUGCCGGAUAAUCCUCAAGUUUAUGAUUUCUCCGAUAUUCGUGCCGCCACCAACAACUUCCUUGCCAAGCGCUACUCCUCCACCUCUUCAUCCCAAUCGUGGCGAUGCACGCUCCAUGGCAAAGAUGUAAUUAUCUUCCAACGAAGAAUCCAGAAAUCUAUGGAGAAAGCUGAAUUGAGAGCGAAAUUAUCAGUGAUUUGUAGAAGUCAUUACAAAAGUAUAAUUAAACUCCUCGGUGCAUCAAUUUCUGGCGAUCACAUUUACUUGGUGUACGAUUUUGUCGUUGGUUCUAACCUUUCUCUCUGCCUCCGGAACCCUAGAAAUCCAAGCUAUACGGUUCUCUCCACUUGGAUGUCACGAAUUCAAAUCGCUACUGAUGUUGCUCACGGUCUGGAUUAUAUGCACAACACUACCGGUUUGGAGAUCGAUCCAGUUCACAAAUAUGUAAAGAGCAGUGGAAUCAUCGUCACAGAGCCUUCCUUUAACGCAAAGAUUUGCCAUUUCGGAGCGGCGGAGCUUUGCAGUGGAAGCGAGAGCAACGCCGUGACGAAUGGCGGUGAGAUCUACGAGGAGGCACCAGCAGUUUCAACGCCGGGGCGCAAGGGAUCGGCAACCAGGACUCGCGAGUUUGAAGGCGUGAGAGGUUACAUAUCGCCGGAGUUCCAACUGACAGGAGUAGCAACACAGAAGUCCGACGUGUACGCAUUUGGAGUUGUGCUGUUGGAAUUAUUCUCCGGCGAAGAGCCUGUUAGGUUCAAGUACGACAAGACAACCGGAAAUUACAGUAAAAUCUCCCUUAUAGAUACAGCGAGGGAAGUAGUUGAGUGCGGUGGCGAUAGGGAGGAAGACGGCGGCGUAGGAGUGGAGAGACGGUUGAGGAAUUGGGUGGACCGGAGGUUGAGUGACUCGUUCCCGGUCGAGGUGGCACAGAAGGUAAUCCGGUUGGCGUUGGAUUGUUUACACGUGGAACCAGAUGAUAGGCCGGAUAUGCGCCGCGUGGCGGGUAAGAUAUCAAAGCUGUAUUUAGAGUCCAAAUUUUGGUCGGAUCGGGUCAAAAUGCCCACGGAAAUAUCUGUAUCAUUAGCACCUCGAUGAGACGAUAAUUUUUUUUAUUAUUUGGUGAAAAUGUACUUUUCCAAAGCAUAUUUGACAUAAAUCCACUAAUUAGUUUAAAGGAGAAUAUAUUUGCUGUUAAUUUUGUCA